AUUUUCAAAUCCCCGGAUGACGGCGGUGGCGGCGGCUGUGCGCUGACAGGCGCUUUCUGCCUGCCAGAGGCUGGCGGGCAACGUGCCCGUCCCAGCCGGUCUCCCGGGCACCCGGCCACCGCCCCAGCCCCUCCUCCGUGCCAUGGAGCCCGAGCUGGCGGCUCAGAAGCAGCCUCGGCCGCGGAGGCGAAGCCGCCGGGCCUCUGGGCUCAGCACGGAGGGAGCCGCGGGGCCUUCAGCCGACACCUCCGGGCCGGAGCCGGACGGGAGAUAUUCCCUUCGGAGAGGCAGCUCUUUCACAUUCUUAACACCUGGCCCCAACUGGGACUUCACUUUGAAAAGAAAACGCAGAGAGAAAGAUGAUGAUGUUAUAAGCCUUAGCAGCCUUGAUCUGAAGGAGCCAAGCAAUAAAAGAGUUCGACCUCUGGCUCGUGUCACAUCAUUGGCAAAUUUAAUCUCUCCUGUAAGAAAUGGAGCUGUCAGACGCUUUGGUCAAACAAUACAGUCAUUUACCCUUCGUGGUGACCACAGAUCCCCAGCCUCUGCCCAGAAGUUAUCUAGCAGGUCAACAGUCCCAACGCCUGCCAAGAGACGGAGCAGUGUGCUGUGGUCAGAGAUGCUAGACACCAGCAUGAAGGAGUCUCUCACCACCAGGGAAAUCAAGCGGCAGGAGGCAAUAUAUGAAAUGUCUCGAGGUGAACAGGAUUUAAUUGAGGAUCUCAAACUUGCAAGAAAGGCCUACCAUGACCCCAUGUUAAAGUUGUCCAUCAUGUCAGAAGAGGAACUCAAACAUAUAUUUGGUGAUCUGGACUCUUACAUACCUCUGCAUGAAGAUUUGUUGGCAAGAAUAGGAGAAGCAACCAAGCCCGAUGGAACAGUGGAGCAGAUUGGUCACAUUCUCGUGAACUGGUUACCACGCCUGAACGCCUACAGAGGCUACUGUAGUAACCAGCUGGCAGCCAAAGCUCUUCUCGAUCAAAAGAAACAGGAUCCAAGAGUCCAAGACUUCCUCCAGCGAUGUCUUGAGUCUCCCUUCAGCCGAAAACUAGAUCUUUGGAGUUUCCUAGAUAUCCCUCGAAGUCGCCUAGUCAAGUACCCUUUACUGUUAAAAGAAAUUCUUAAACACACUCCACAAGACCACCCUGAUGUUCAGCUUCUGGAGGAUGCUAUAUUGAUAAUACAGGGAGUCCUCUCUGAUAUCAACUUGAAGAAAGGUGAAUCCGAGUGCCAAUAUUACAUCGACAAGCUGGAGUAUCUGGAUGAAAAGCAGAGGGACCCCAGAAUCGAAGCGAGCAAAGUGCUGCUGUGCCACGGGGAGCUGCGGAGCAAGAGCGGACACAAACUUUACAUUUUCCUGUUUCAAGACAUCUUGGUUCUGACGCGGCCAGUCACGCGGAACGAGCGGCCCUCUUACCAGGUGUACCGGCGGCCCAUCCCCGUCCAGGAGCUGGUCCUGGAAGACCUGCAGGAUGGAGAUGUGCGGAUGGGAGGCUCCUUCCGGGGGGCUUUCGGCAACUCGGAGAAAGCUAAAAAUAUCUUCAGAAUUCGCUUCCAUGACCCCUUUCCCGGCCAGUCUCAUACUCUGCAAGCCAAUGAUGUGUUCCACAAGCAGCAGUGGUUCAACUGUAUCCGCGCGGCCAUUGCGCCUUUCCAGUCGGCAGGCAGUCCGCCCGAGCCGCAGGGCCUGCCGGAGCCGCACGAAGAGUGUGAGGGGAACCACCCCUCUGCUAGGAAACUCCCAGCCCAGAGGAGGGUGUCCACAGUUUCUAGUGUUACUCAGGUAGAAGUUGAUGAAAACGCUUACAAAUGUGGCUCUGGCAUGCAGAUGGCAGAGGAGAGCAAGAGCGUAAAGACACACCAGACACAUCCCGGCAUCCGGAGAGCGAGGGACAAAGCCCGGUUUGGUAGCAAACGGAAAGAGACUUUGGUGUAGAGAAAGCUCUGUGUGUUAACUGGUGGAGAGACUGUUUAUAAAUGUACAGUUUUGUUUUCUUAUAAUGGGAGCAUCAUAGGGUUACUUUAUACCAGUUGUAACAUUUUCAUUGUUUUGGUUAUUGUUCUUUUUUUAAUGGCAGCUAAAGAUAUACGGAUUACUGUUAAAUUGCAGUCUUUUUUAAAGAUAUUUUCUCUAAUUAUUGAGAAAAUGCAAGCCUGAUAUUUUUAAUCAAACAAUAUUUAUGAAAUGGGUUUUCUCUUAAAAUUCUGGAUUCAUCAUGGCUUUCUAAUACCAAUUGUAAUAUUUACAAUAUUCACCAAAACUUAGAAUUUUUGCAAAUACUGGAAUUCUACCAGCCUUGCAUGCAAAAUUUGAAGUUUUAAUACUGGCACCCAAAAUCUAUGUGGAAUAUAUGUUUGAAGUAUUUCAAAAUUUACCUUGAAACAUAACUUCCUUGGAAAACAAACUAUAAGCCUGAGUAGGUUUUUAUUUUUAUCAACUGGAAUGCUUUAGUUUUUCACUGUACAUUCCUCAUUUUACAUUCAUUUAACCUGCCAAUUAUUUUUUUUAUUGUAAAGUAGUUUUUAGUAUUUGCUUUUAUUUUUUUACUUUGAUGCCUUUUCAAAUUGGCAUGUCUUUAUUUUUCUUUCUGAUUAAAAAUGUGUGUGUAUGUGUGUGUAUGUGUGUAUAUAUAUAUAUUUUAAUCACAUUAACUUUACCAAGUGAAACCAAGCCAUACUGUUUUUGAGCCAAUUAAGAAAAUUGCCAUUUUUAACGUGUAGCAUUUCAGGGUAAAGACCCAUGAAGUGACUUGGUAUAUUCUAGACUGCUGCAAGAAAACCACUUCAAAGAUUUUGUUGAAAGUUUUAGUGUUGUCUGAAAAGCAAGAGGGAAGGUGAUUGGUAGUGAGUUAAAAGAAAAAGAAAGGAAAAGAGAGUAGUUUUGUCUUCAUGUAAAAUGUCUGGUUGUGCCAGACAUUUCACAAGUGUGAAAGGAGAUAAGAGAAGCUUACCUUGAGGGCGUGUAGUAAGUUGUAGAAGGCUCGAGGGGAUGUGGACUUAUUUGCCUUGGUUUGCAAUACCUGCAAAUAAUGUUUGAAAAGAAACAAUGAAAUGUGUUGAAAAUUUGACCAUAUUAGAUCAAUUUUGGUGGAUUUAUUCAUAAGGUGGAAAAAGACUGGUGAAUCUUUUUUUUUUUUUUACAAAUGUUUCUGUUAAAAUGGGAUCAUCAUCUUUUGAAAGGGGGGAGGGAGGAGUAAAAGCCCGAUUAUAAUGGUGAUCAAUUCAAGUCAGUGUUGACUAUUCUGUGAAAUAUAUUUGGCCAGUGGAAAUGAUAAUCAGAAAAAACUGUAAAUAGAUCCAUCCAAGUGAUUUCUCUGUACAAAUGAAUGAUACUAUUAAAAAAAAAAACGCACACACAUAA